AGCAAGAGUUAGAGGUUUUGAGCCAUUGUGGGUGCAAAAACCCAUUAUAAAAGGCCAACAACAGAGAGAGAAGACAGAGAGAGAAGACAGAGCAGCAACCUCAGAGAGGCCGUUGCUCUCUCUUACAAAACAAAGAACAUUCUCUCUCUCUCUUGCUCUUCAUCAUUCUCUCUCUCUCUCUUUUACCUUUUUUUAUUUCAACCCUUUAUUUGCUUUGGCUCUCUCAUAAUAAUAACUUACAUGAUCAGUGUUCUGCUCUUGGAAGAAAAAAAAAAAAGUGGCAUGCAAUUAACAAACUAGCACCACCAAAAACACCACUCUUCCCUCGUCAAUUUUCUGCUCUCUCAUUAAUUUCCUCAGUGUUCUAAGAUCCAGAGAGGAGCAAGAUGGAAUCGUUUCAAGGUGACAGGGAUGACAUUUCCUACCAAAUGGGUUUGAUUUGGAGCCAAGUGAAGGAGCCAGUGAUCGUGCCAAUGCUGAGAGUUGCAGUGUUUCUGUGCUUGGCCAUGUCGUUGAUGAUGCUGGUCGAGAGGGUGUACAUGGGCAUUGUCAUUUGCUUGGUGAAGCUGUUUAGUCGAAGACCCGAGAAGCGUUACAAGUGGGAGCCUAUGAAGGACGAUGUUGAGUUGGGAAACUCUAGCUAUCCCAUGGUUUUGGUCCAAGUCCCAAUGUACAACGAAAGAGAGGUUUAUCAGCUAUCAAUCGGUGCUGCUUGUGGCCUUUCUUGGCCUUCAGACAGAAUCAUCAUACAAGUUCUUGAUGAUUCUACUAACCCAACAAUCAAGGAGCUGGUGCAAAUGGAAUGUAGUAGAUGGGCGAGCAAAGGGGUGAACAUAAAGUACGAGGUGAGGGACAACAGAGACGGGUACAAAGCAGGGGCUCUGAAAGAAGGCAUGAAACGCAGCUACGUGAAGCAAUGUGACUAUGUUGCCAUCUUUGACGCCGAUUUUCAACCGGAGCCUGAUUUCCUCUGGCGAACUGUCCCAUUCCUUGUCAACAACCCUGAACUUGGUCUCGUUCAGGCACGCUGGAAGUUUGUGAAUGCCAAUGAAUGUUUGAUGACCAGGAUGCAAGAGAUGUCACUGGAUUACCAUUUCACUGUGGAACAAGAAGUGGGGUCUUGCACUUACGCCUUCUUUGGCUUCAACGGAACUGCUGGUGUAUGGAGAAUUUCGGCGCUGUAUGAGUCUGGAGGGUGGAAUCAUAGGACCACAGUGGAAGAUAUGGACCUGGCUGUCCGAGCCAGUCUCAGAGGAUGGAAAUUCUUGUACCUACCCAAUUUGAAGGUUAAAAACGAAUUGCCAAGUACUUUGAACGCCUACCGCUUCCAACAGCACAGGUGGUCUUGUGGACCAGCCAAUCUUUUCAUGAAAAUGUUCAUGGAGAUUAUGAGAAACAGGAAGGUGUCCUUGUAUAAGAAGAUAUAUGUGAUUUACAGCUUCUUCUUUGUCCGGAAGGUCGUGGCCCACGUCAACACUUUUAUGUUCUAUUGUAUUGUGUUACCUGCUACUGUUGUGGUGCCUGAGGUGGUGGUCCCCAAGUGGGGUGCUGUGUACAUCCCUUCCAUCAUCACACUCCUAAAUGCUGUUGGAACUCCAAGGUCACUCCACUUGCUGGUCUUCUGGAUUCUCUUUGAGAAUACCAUGUCUCUGCAUCGAACAAAGGCAACGAUUAUUGGUCUACUAGAGGGUAGUCGAGCGAAUGAAUGGAUUGUCACUCAAAAGGGUAAACCACCCAAGAGUCGGUUUAGGAUAAGGAUUCAUCACAUGUUGGAACUUCUUGUUGGAUUCUACCUCUUCUUCUGUGGCUGCUAUGAUAUUAUGUUCGGGAAAAACCGCUACUACAUAUUCCUAUACAUCCAAUCAAUUGCUUUCUUCAUCAUGGCCUUUGGAUAUGUUGGUAUUUUCGAUCCCAACACCUAGAGGACUUGACAACACUUCAUUCAGAUAUCUACAUAUUGUAAUAGUGUUCACAGUAUAAUCUGUGACAUUAAUUUAAAGCUUGUGUUAGUAUAAAUGAAUGGGUGGUCAUUGUUCAUGGUUCUGCAUAUUCAGAGUCGGUGGCUCGAAACAGUUUUUUUUGUGAAUAUUCAACAGAGAUACAUAAGGAAAUUACAGAAGUUAUUAUCUUGGAAAUGAAGCAUACAGAAAAUGAAUACAGCAUUCUACAGGCAUUAAUCUUCCCUGGGCAAACAUCUUUGAUUGGACACAUGGUUUAUAAGAUUUUGUAGUUCUUUUUUUUUCUUUUUAAUUUUAUUGAUAUUUCCUUCUUUUGCCUUUCUUUACUUGAAUUUGUUUGAAGAAAUAAUAAUCAUCUUCAAUAAAUGGGGUAGAUUACAGAAUUU